UUGAUGAUUCUUUUUCAUCCAUCGGACAAAGUAGAUUCACUUUUCCUCGUUUAGCCCCAGUUCAUGAAGAAGUCAGAGUAUCAAAUAACUACUAUAGUUGUGAUGAUAGUGCUUCUACAGCCGAGAAAAUGCUUGAAAGUGAUGAAUUUCACAUUACUCAGGAACAAUCAUUGCAAAAUGAUGAUAUAGGGGAUAUUUCUUGCGUCGAAAAUUCCAAAGGCAUUUUAGUCAGCAGUUGGUUUAGCUUUCUUAAGGAAAAAGUGGAGCAAACAAAGUUCUUAUAUGUGUCGAGAGUGCUGAUAUUUUUUUUUGAAAUAUUAGUAAUGUUCUUCCGUGGUUUAAGAUUAGAAUUUUGGAGAACAAGGAACAAUAUCUACCCAUCUGUGGCUGCCAUGGAACAUAACAACGAUAACCUUACAACAGCUGGUGAAACACCCUCUGAAAGAAGUCAUAUUUGUCAAUGCAUACAACGUCUUGAGAGACUAGAGGAAACAUUCGGUGAACUUAGCCACAAACCUGUUGGCAUACCUUUGGAUAAGGAGCAAAUGCUUAUGAAUUCCUUGGAUAGGAUUAAAAGUGUUGAGUUUGACCUUGAAAAUACUAAGAGGGUGCUACAUGCUACAGUGAUGAAGCAGCUUGAGAUUGCUGAGCUGCUCGAGAAUUUGCGGGCAUCAAAGAAUCAAGUAAAUUGCUUCUUGCAGAGAAGGCUGUUCCGCCGAAAGAUUCAAGUUUUGGCAAAGAGCUAGAGCUGUUAACACCUCAGAAGAUUAAUUCAACAGUCAGAAGAUUGACCCUUUGUUUGAAUGGAGAGAAAAUGCAAAGAAUAGGGAAAAAAAUUAAAAUUGAAUUGAAAAAAGAAGAGAGAAAUUUUUAAAAUCAUUUUGAAGUCAAACUUUUCUCCCUUUUUUUUCUUCAAUAAUAAUAAAAAAGAAGUACUGUUAUGUUAGCAGUAUUUUUUUUUUUUUCCUUUUCUCUCUCUUUCUCCUUUGUCAAACACAGGACGAGCUCACUUAUUGGACCCAUAGAAAGUUGAGGUGAGGGAUUACGCAAUUAAGCAUAGUGAGUUGCCGUAGCACAUUCAUAGAGACAUGGGGAUGAGAUGAUAUAGUCCUCGCUGCUUUUGUGUAUGUAUAUAUACGGUGUAGUUUUUAUGUUAAAAUAUUUUAUCUUAUUUGCAUAGUAUAUAGCUUAGUUUGUUGAAUAGAGUGCAUAAGUUGAUGUAAACACUUUAGCACCGAGUUUGAAUUAAAACAAAAAGUAUAUAGCUGGCAAAUUUUGUAGCAA